UGAAGGGAGGUGUUAAUCUUCAGUUUUUGCUGUGACGUGUGAGACGGCUCAUUCCUGCAGGUGACUGUUCAGAGAAGCUCUGCAACCAAGGACAGAAAGUCCUGCAGCCAGCUCUUCAUUUCCUUGUGCAACACGGCUCUAAAAGAUGCCUAAAUAUCUGUCAGUGAACCCUUUUGAAGAAGUAAGUGUGAAGACUGAAAAUGAACAACGUCCGAACGCACCGCGCUACAUACGUAAAGAGGGCACUUGUCGUUUUCUGUUUCGCCACGUCCCAGAAGAAUGGAUGCUGUUUGUUACUGACAUCUUUACCACCUUAGUUGAGAUCAGGUGGAGGGUGAUGUUUCUGAUCUUUGCACUGUCUUACAUCCUUUCCUGGCUUUUCUUUGGGAUCCUCUUCUUUAUCAUCGCCUUAGUUCAUGGAGAUGUCAGAGACCACAACAAUGAUCCCUGCGUAUUUGAGGUGCGCAGCUUCACAGCCAGUUUCCUCUUUUCUCUGGAAACCCAGACAACCAUUGGUUACGGCUUUAGAGGAAUGUCUGAGAACUGCAUGAUCGCCAUCAUCAUUGUCACCAUACAGGACGUCAUCAGCUGCUUCAUUGACACUUUUGUCAUUGGAAUUGUAGUGGCCAAAAUGGCCUCAGCCAGAAAGAGGGCGCAAACAGUUGGGUUCAGCAACCGUGCUGUCAUCAACCUUCGGGAUGGUUUUCUGUGUCUUUCAUGGAGGAUUGGAGACUUUCGCAGGCACCACAUGGUGAAGGGAAGCGCCUGUGCUCAGAUUCUUCGCACUACAGUGCACACAACUGGAAAAGUCGAUGUGACCUAUGAAGACCUGUCACUUCAGCAGAAGGACAUAAUCUUGAUCGCACCAACCACCGUUUACCACCGGAUUGAGUCUGGAAGUCCACUGUACAAGAUGAGUUUGGAAGACCUACGAAAGGCAGACUUUGAGUUGUUGGUUUCGUUCACCUACACAGAUGACUCCACUGGCAUGCUGCAUCAGACCCGGACGUCGUACACAACAGAUGAGAUCCUCUGGGGUCACCUUUUUCAGGAGAUGAUCAGGGUCACUAACAAGCACUACAAGGUGGAUUAUAACCUGUUCAAUAACACAGCUAAAGUGCUGGUACCUCUGAAUAGCGCUGAGGAGUAUGAGAAGAGGAAAAUUGAGAAGGAGGAGCAGAAGCAGCUUCGGCUUUUAGCUCGAGCUUCUCCAAGACAUUCCCCUAGGGGCUCCCCUCGGCCAUCUUCACGAUCACCACAGCAAAGUCAUCCAGAGAAUCGCUUGAACCCGCCAAUAGUAUUGGUUGAACUAAUGGGAGACAACCAGCCAGAACCAAAUGUUCCAACAACAGAAGGUGGAAAUCAACAUACAGAAACGUUGACUGUGCCAAAACAUCCCACAAUCGCAGAAUAAAGAAAAUAGAUCCUCGCUGCUUGAGAUUUUACCUAUACUCUCAACACCAACUGCAGACAUCAAACAUAUGCAAGAAUACCAACAGCAACACUGAGAACAUCCCUGAAGCUCUAAAGAUAUUUAAUCCCUCAAGAAUAUAUACAUUUUGGUUCAGCUAACAUUCUUCAUAUUUGUUUAAUUCGGCACACCACAUGACUGCUUGAUCUAGAGAAUUAAGACAAUUUAGGCAUUUGGAUAAAGGACCCUUUUAAGCUACAGGUCACAAGCUCUGGAGUUUAAUAUUAGACGGAUUCUGCCAACUUUUCUUGAACAAAACCAGAGCCACACUCAUGGCCACCACUGGUACAGUUGUGAAAGAGGCCUUAAAUCAAAGCCCAGUAUAAUGUCUGUGUAAAUUCUCAGUCUUCCGAGAAGCACAGGAAAGUUUUCUAAGAAAAAAACCAAAAAAAACAUACUUCUGAAAUUCCAACCCAGCAA